AUGGGAGCCUGUUACUCAAAGAACCCAACAGGAACCAGAACAGCACCUGAAAGCAAGACAUCAAAACAAAAACAUAAACACUCUGACCGAAAAAAAAAACUGACCACUGAAGAAUUACCACCAGAGAAGAUUCCUCUUCAGAAUGAUGAAAAAUCGGAUUCACCAAACACCAAAACAUCAAGAUCAUUUAGUUACGAUAUUGUUCCUGACAUUUCAUACGUGAAACAUCUUGACCACAGCAUUGCUCCAUCUGAUAGUGGUAUCGAGAGUAUAGGGACUUGGCAAGAUGAUGUUCAAGGAUCUACACGAAUAAAACAGUUUGACAGUGACCUCCUGAAACAUUCAGAGCUGUGGAGUCUUAGUUUCUGUCAUAAUUGUGGUCACUACAAACUCCAAGGCCACAAUGGGUUAACGGACGGUAAUAUUUUGUGUUGUGCUGAUCAGACAGAAAUGCCUGCAGGAAGUUCUGAAUUGGUAACUCAUAGAUUGCCAGCCAAUGAGACAACAUUAACAGUCAGUAAUACAGAAUGUGACUCAACUGCUAAAGUGAUCGCUGACAACGCUAAAUAUUGUGCCAUUAGAGACAGUGUGAGUGAUGUGUCGCAAAAUAAAACCAGUUCUUGCCACUUGAAGUCAGAUUCAGACAUGCCGAAUUUAGUUGGCAGAGACAGACAUCUUAUAGCCUCUGUAAGGUCAGCAAGAAGGUUAUCAAGGAUUACAAGUGGAAGCAAACUUUAUGAUUCAUCUGACGAGGUCAAUGAAACAAAGGCACCAUUGGCGCAGCAAGACCCCUUAGACAGACCAGUAGGUGACAACUUAGUGGAUAUAAUUUCCACACAACAAACCUUACUCAGUGAUAUCUCCUUGACUGCUGAGACAAUUUGUACCUGUGACUAUGAUUCAGAUUACCAGAAGAGAUAUCCUGCAUCUUCAGAAGACACUGGCUGUGUUGUAAAACCCACUUUUCACAAUAUAAAUGUUGAAGAGAAAGAUGAUUUGAAUCAUGAUGAAGGUAAAUCUUCUGGUUUGUCUGGAGAUGGUUCCUUCGUUUGUCAUAAUGAGAUCAAGACCAAAUCAGCAGCACAGUUAUCAAGCCCGGCUGUAUCAACACCAAUUAAAAAAUCAACAGAAAUAAAUGCAACCAAUUGCAGAUCAAGUUUCUCAGAGUCAACAUCUGGGGUGUGUACCUACAGAACAGCUUCAGAAUCAUUAUCUACAGGGGAACAAGAUAUGCAGCAGCGCUCGGUCUUACUUGGUAACACUCCAGAAGUGUUGGAUGACCCCAGCAGUGAGUGUGGAGAGUAUGGUACAGAGGAUGACAUGACAAGCAUUGAUAUGGACAAAAGCAGCAGACUUACCCCUCAGUCCAGUAGCAGCUUCAGACAACUCGGUGCAAGCUCAGAACAUGCUGCGUCACCAUAUGACAAUAACCUCAUGGUUAGUUAUGAUGGAGAAGAAUGUGUUGUGAUUCCGGAAGAGACCUACCAUCAGUUGCAGACCGACUUAACUGCUCUCAGGCAGCAGCUGCUUUGUUUGUCAUCUCUAAUAGAGUCUGAGAGUGAAGACCAAAACAUCGACAGCAUGGCAAAUAUUUCAUAA